AUGCGAGCUCGGUCUGUGGAAUCACUCAAAGGCCGGCCUCGAGUGGGAGGCACACCGGUUGCAAUUCAGUUGGUGGUCUCGUACGUGCUUGGAUCUCCGGGUGAGCUCCAAACUCUGCAUGGUGCCAGCUUCUUCUGGCUCGCUCGAUUCAUCGAUAAUGACAGCUCGAUGCAGGUGACGAGCUGUCAUUAUCGAUACUGGAGGCAUCAUCAGGCACAACUGCAGGUGCCAUUGAAUGAAAAGGUCACGUUUCUGUAGUCGGUGGAAGGAAGGUUUCGCUCAAAGCGAAGCUCUGAACUCGUCAGUAAUAGGAGGGUCUGUGGGAUAAGACGACCAGGUUUUCCGGUCGUGCUUUUCGAUUUUUAUGCGUCGAGACAGAAAAUCGUACAGAUUCUUUCCCGGUGGAAGUGAACAUCCAUCGGUGAACCAAAAACAUGAAUAAAGAGAGAUUCCUUGUAUUGUCUGAUCAGGUCUCAUAUUCUUGGACAUUAUAAAUUUCGGUCCAUCUCUCAUCUCACAUUGAUCAAGCAAUGCCUACGAUAGCUCAGAUGGCACAGACUGGAGUUAUUCUGUUGACCAAGAAUGAUUCUGGAGCGAUUAAAUUCUAGAACUCG